AAAUGACGUGGUAGUGGAGCCCGUUUUUCUCCACUUGUCAGCGGCGAAGAUGCGCGCAAAACCGCGCCAAAUUUAGACUCCCAGCAGCGCGUUUAAGCGGCCGGCGGCCCCAAUUAUCAGCCUGCUCGUAUUUCACCAUGUCAGACCCGUCCUCAUCACCUCCGCCCGGACAGAAGCCCGCUCUGAAGUCCACGCAGAGCCGGUUUCAGGUGGACCCGGUCGCAGAGGCAGCGGCAGCGGCUGCGGCUGCAAGCGGAGCUCCCAGAACUCCUCCAAGAGCGAGGUCCUCAUCAGCAGGCAGGACGUCCGAGGGGACUGCCGGUGGCGAGGAGGCCAAAGGUCGAUUCCGGGUGGUGAACUUUCUGGACCCCUCAGGAGGUCCGGCUGACGGAGGGUCUGACGCAGCUUUCAAUGGGGACACGGUGAGGAGCGAGGCCAGCCUGCACUCGUCCACAGGGGGGCUCAGCCACUUCUCCGACACCCACUCCAGCACCUACUACCUGCGCACCUUUGGCCACAACACCAUCGAUGCCGUCCCCAACAUUGAUUUCUACCGGCAGACGGAGGCGCCUCUGGGGGAGAAGCUCAUCCGGCCGUCGCUGUCCGAACUUCAUGAUGAGCUGGACAAAGAACCCUUUGAUGAUGGUAUUGCAAAUGGGGAGGAGCCAGCUGCUGCAGAAGAAGCUGCAGCAAAAGUUGUGCCUGAGUCCAAAGGGGGCACGGUGAAGUUCGGCUGGAUAAAGGGUGUCCUGGUACGAUGUAUGCUGAACAUCUGGGGAGUGAUGCUUUUCAUUCGUAUGUCAUGGAUUGUUGGCCAAGCAGGCAUUGCUCUGUCAUGUGCUAUCAUUCUAAUGGCUGUUUUGGUGACCACUAUUACUGGUCUCUCCACCUCGGCAAUAGCCACCAACGGCUUUGUAAGAGGAGGUGGAGCGUACUACCUGAUAUCUAGGAGUUUGGGUCCAGAGUUUGGUGGUUCUAUCGGCCUCAUUUUUGCCUUUGCUAAUGCCGUUGCUGUCGCCAUGUAUGUUGUGGGUUUUGCUGAAACUGUGGUCGAGCUCCUCGAUAGUGUAGAUGCUCUCAUGACCGAUGAGAUAAAUGACAUCCGGAUAGUUGGCACCCUCACCAUCAUCUUGCUCCUUGGCAUAUCUGUGGCAGGAAUGGAGUGGGAGGCUAAGGCUCAGAUUGUAUUGUUGGUCAUUCUUCUGGCAGCAAUCUUUAACUAUUUCAUCGGAUCAUUCAUCCCCAUGAAAUCAAAGGAAUCUAUGGGCUUCUUCGGUUAUAAUGUUGCAAUCAUGAUGGAGAACAUGGGCCCAGACUUCAGGGAUGAAGAAACGUUUUUCUCCGUCUUUGCCAUCUUCUUCCCAGCUGCAACAGGCAUUUUAGCAGGAGCCAAUAUCUCAGGGGACCUAUCAGAUCCACAGCUUGCCAUUCCUAAAGGAACCCUUCUGGCUAUUCUCAUUACUGGAAUUGUUUAUAUCGCAGUUGCUGUCUCUAAUGGCUCUUGCAUUCUGCGAGAUGCUACGGGUGAUGAUAAUGACACCAUCAUAGGCUCUCUGGAGAACUGCACAGAUGCAGCCUGUACUCUUGGCUAUGAUUUUUCCAUUUGCAAGGAGGGCGGCUGCAAGUAUGGACUACAAAAUGAUUUUCAGGUCAUGAGCUUGGUGUCUGCAUUUGGACCACUUAUCACUGCUGGAAUCUUCUCUGCUACUCUUUCAUCAGCUCUUGCUUCUUUGGUCAGCGCUCCCAAAGUGUUUCAGGCGCUGUGUAAGGAUAACAUCUACCCUGGCUUACGGAUUUUUGCGAAGGGAUACGGGAAGAACAAUGAACCUCUGCGUGGCUACGUCCUAACCUUUUUCAUUGGCCUGGCUUUCAUUCUAAUCGCUGAGCUAAAUAUUAUUGCUCCCAUCAUUUCCAACUUCUUCCUGGCCUCUUAUGCCUUGAUCAAUUUCUCCGUAUUCCAUGCGUCACUGGCCAACUCCCCUGGGUGGCGUCCGAGUUUUAAAUACUACAAUAAGUGGGUGUCUUUGGCUGGGGCUGUGCUGUGCUGUGUGGUUAUGUUUGUAAUCAACUGGUGGGCUGCCCUGCUUACCAAUGUGAUUGUUCUGGCACUCUACAUAUAUGUCAGCUACAAGAAACCAGAUGUCAACUGGGGAUCGUCCACGCAAGCUUUGAUGUACAACCAGGCCCUGUCACACUGUUUGCAUCUUACUGGAGUUGAAGACCACAUUAAGAACUUCAGACCACAGUGCCUCGUUAUGAUUGGCUACCCCAAUGCAAGACCAGCACUACUUCAUCUAGUGCAUGCUUUCACCAAAAAUGUGGGUCUGAUGAUCUGUGGCCAUGUUCGCAUGGGUUCCCGAAGACCAAACCAUAAGGAGAUGAUGAAUGACCAAGUCCGCUACCAACGCUGGCUUCUUAAGAAACAGAUCAAGGCUUUCUACACUCCUGUGUUUGCUGAGGACCUCAGACAAGGAGCCCAGUAUCUACUACAAGCUGCUGGUUUGGGUCGCCUAAAGCCAAACACUUUGGUAUUUGGCUUUAAAAACAACUGGCAAGACAGUGAAAUGAGAGAUGUGGAAACAUACAUCAACACAAUUCAUGAUGCAUUUGACCUACAGCAUGGUGUUGUUAUCAUAAGACUGAAGGAGGGUCUAGACAUCUCCCAUAUUCAAGGCCAAGAUGAAUUUCUGUCAUCCUAUGAGAAGGCUCCAGGGAUGAAGGAACUGUUGGUGGCUAUCAACAUCGGAAAAGACACUGACAACGAUUCUUUAAAACCAUCCUCGAAGACCACCAGUGGUCAGAGUAGUCCACUCAUUAUCAGAGACACAAAGAGUCCUUCUGUGCAGCUUAGCACUGCAGAUGAGAAGCUGCUGGCAGCCAGUCAGCAAUUCAAGAAGAAACAGUGCAAGGGCACCAUUGAUGUUUGGUGGCUGUUUGAUGAUGGAGGACUGACGCUGCUGAUACCAUAUUUGCUAACCAACAAGAAAAAAUGGAAGGACUGCAAGAUCCGUGUAUUUAUUGGUGGAAAGAUAAACAGGAUUGAUCAUGAUCGCAGAGCAAUGGCUGCAUUACUGAGCAAGUUCAGAAUCGACUUCUCCGACAUCAAUGUUUUAGGAGAUAUCAACAUAAAGCCAAAGAAACAUAAUAAGGAAAAGUUUGAGGAGAUGAUAGAGCCAUACAGACUAAGGGAGGAGGAUAUGGAGCAGGAGGCUGCUGAGAGACUGAAGGCUGAAGAGCCUUGGAGGAUUACUGAUAACGAACUAGAAUUGUACAAGGCCAAGACAAACCGUCAAAUCAGACUGAAUGAACUGCUGAAGGAACACUCAAGCACAGCAAACCUCAUUGUCAUGAGCAUGCCACUUGCCAGGAAGGGAACAGUGUCCAGCGCCCUCUAUAUGUGCUGGCUGGAAACUUUAUCUAAAGAUCUUCCACCAAUUCUGCUUGUAAGAGGAAACCACCAGAGCGUCCUAACAUUCUACUCAUAAAACCCAUGCAAAGGCAUCGCGGAAGUACAAAGACAGUACACUGUAACAAUCAGUAUGGCUGUGUGGUGAUUAUAUCUUGCGUGUUGCCAAAUCUUCAUGUAUUUCUUCACAUAGAAAAUGUGAAGCCAGUCUAACAUGCUAGCAGAUCUACUUAAGUGUUUAUGUCUCAUAAGGGUUUUUUGUAUAUAAGGCCAUUAAAAUAAGACUGGAAAGUAGCCUGUUCUGAAAUAUAUUUAGUAUCAGGACUGACACUGAAAAUUAUAUCACAAAAUGCUUGUAAUAUUGACACUGAUACCAUUUCAAACAGAUUAUUCUAUUCCGUUACUAUUCCCUCUGUCUGAAAGCUGAUUAGAAAAGGGGUUUGCAUGCAUGUAAUCUAUUAUUUUUAUCUGGUUAGAGCUUCUUCACACCACCUGCUCUUGCUACACAUGUUGCAACAUUAACAGUGCUCAAACUGUUCCAGUGAGCUGUAGCUCAGAACAUCUCUGUGCUUUCAGUUACCAGCUUUUACAAUGCCAUCUCUCCGUAUGCUGUCAGUUAUAAUGGAUUUAUCAAGUGCAGAGUACUAACAAUACAUAUUCAAGAUGGGUCCUGUGGCAUUACAGAGAAAAGCACUGCUGAAAGGAUGUUUUACUUAUCUGCAACACUGAGCUGAUUAAAUAAAUGAAUUUUAACAAUG